AUGUCAGAAGAAGAUCCUUAUUUAUAUGACAAUGAUUCACUGGUGAUUACUCCAGAAGAUUGUUGGACGGUUAUUUCGUCAUUUUUCCAUGAAAAGGGGUUGGUAUCGCAGCAACUUGACUCCUUCGAUGAGUUCAUUGAAACUACGAUUCAAGAAUUGGUUUGGGAAGACUCUCAUUUGAUCUUAGAUCAGCCAGCCCAGCACACGUCGGAGAAUGAUAAUGAAAAUAGAAGAUACGAAAUUACUUUCGGUAAAAUUUAUAUCUCGAAACCAACUCAGACGGAAGGUGAUGGUACUACGCACCCUAUGUUCCCACAGGAAGCAAGAUUACGUAACUUGACGUACUCUUCACCUCUUUACGUGGAUAUGACCAAGAGAGUAUUUAAAUCUGACGACAAUAAUAGAGUAAACAACGAAUUGGAGUGGAUCGAAGAAACCAUCAACUCAGAAGAUGGAAGCGGUGUAGAAGAACCUCAAAUUAAAGUAUAUUUGGGUAAAGUGCCCAUAAUGUUGAGAUCCAAGUUCUGUAUGUUGCGUGACUUGGGUGAGCAUGAGUUCUAUGAAUUGAAGGAAUGUCCAUAUGAUAUGGGUGGAUACUUUGUCAUCAAUGGGUCUGAAAAGGUUUUGAUUGCCCAGGAAAGAAGUGCUGCCAAUAUAGUGCAAGUUUUCAAGAAAGCUGCUCCUUCUCCAAUUAGUCAUGUUGCAGAAAUUAGAUCUGCCAUUGAAAAGGGUUCCAGAUUGAUCUCCUCCAUGCAAAUCAAAUUAUACGGUAGAGAUGAAAAGGGAACCACUGGUAGAACCAUCAAAGCUACUUUACCAUACAUUAAAGAUGAUAUCCCUAUCGUAAUUGUAUUCAGAGCCUUGGGUGUCGUUCCAGAUGGUGAUAUCUUGGAACAUAUCUGUUACGACGCUAACGAUUGGCAAAUGUUGGAAAUGUUGAAACCUUGUGUAGAAGAAGGAUUUGUUAUCCAAGAGAGAGAAGUUGCAUUAGAUUUCAUCGGUAGAAGAGGUGUUUUGGGUAUAAGAAGAGAAAAACGUAUUCAAUAUGCCAAAGAUAUCUUGCAAAAGGAAUUAUUGCCACAUAUUACCCAAGAGGAAGGUUUUGAAACAAGAAAGGCCUACUUUUUGGGUUACAUGGUGAACAGAUUAUUAUUAUGUGCAUUAGAGCGUAAGGAACCUGAUGACAGAGAUCAUUUCGGUAAGAAGAGAUUGGAUUUAGCUGGUCCAUUGUUGGCCAACUUGUUUAGAAUCCUUUUUAGAAAAUUGACUAAGGAUAUCUAUAAUUACAUGCAAAGAUGUGUUGAAAAUGAUAAAGAAUUCAACUUAACAUUGGCAGUAAAAUCUCAAACUAUAACAGAUGGGUUGAGAUACUCAUUGGCUACUGGUAACUGGGGUGAGCAAAAGAAGGCCAUGUCAUCUAGAGCAGGUGUGUCCCAAGUUUUGAAUCGUUAUACCUACUCUUCUACUUUAUCACAUUUAAGAAGAACUAACACUCCAAUUGGUCGUGAUGGUAAGAUUGCUAAGCCAAGACAGUUGCACAACACCCAUUGGGGUCUUGUCUGUCCAGCUGAAACUCCUGAAGGUCAAGCGUGUGGUUUGGUCAAGAAUUUGUCACUUAUGUCCUGUAUUUCUGUCGGUACAUCUUCCGAGCCUAUAUUAUAUUUCCUUGAGGAAUGGGGUAUGGAGCCAUUGGAAGAUUACGUGCCAUCGAAUUCACCAGACUCUACCAGAGUUUUCGUGAAUGGUGUUUGGGUUGGUACUCACAGAGAACCUGCACAUUUAGUUGAUACUAUGAGAAACUUGAGAAGAAGAGGUGAUAUUUCUCCAGAAGUUUCUAUUAUCAGAGACAUCAGAGAAAAAGAAUUCAAGAUUUUCACGGAUGCUGGUAGAGUUUAUCGUCCAUUGUUUGUGGUUGAUGACGACCAAGAAAGUGAAACCUUUGGAGAUUUGAAGUUGCAAAAGGAAAACAUUCACAAGUUAAUUAACCUGGAAUACGAUGAAUAUGAAGAAGAUGCCAAUGAUGAAAACAAUUACAAUUGGUCAUCAUUAGUAAAUGAAGGUAUUGUUGAAUAUGUUGAUGCCGAAGAAGAAGAAACUAUUAUGAUUGCCAUGACACCUGAAGAUUUGGAAGCUUCCAAGACGACAUUAACUGUAACACAACAAAAGGAAGUCCAAUUGGAAGAUCAAGAAUUAGAUCCAGCAAAGAGAAUCAAGCCUAUUUUUAAUAGUAACACCCAUACUUUCACACAUUGUGAAAUUCAUCCUUCUAUGAUUUUAGGUGUGGCUGCAUCCAUUAUUCCAUUCCCAGAUCAUAAUCAAUCUCCUCGUAAUACAUAUCAGUCUGCUAUGGGUAAGCAAGCUAUGGGUGUCUUUUUGACGAAUUAUAGUGUCAGAAUGGAUACUAUGGCUAAUAUCUUAUAUUACCCACAGAAACCAUUGGCCACUACUAGAUCUAUGGAGCACUUGAAGUUCAGAGAAUUACCAGCUGGUCAAAACGCUAUUGUAGCUAUUUCAUGUUAUUCUGGUUAUAAUCAAGAAGAUUCCAUGAUUAUGAAUCAAUCAUCAAUUGAUAGAGGUUUGUUCAGAUCUUUAUUUUUCAGAUCUUACAUGGAUUUAGAAAAGAGACAAGGUAUGAAGGCUCUAGAAACUUUUGAAAAGCCAACAAGAUCAGAUACUUUGAGAUUGAAGCAUGGUACUUAUGAAAAAUUAGACGAUGAUGGUUUGGUGGCACCAGGUGUUAGAGUGAGUGGUGAAGACAUUAUUAUAGGUAAGACAACACCAAUUCCACCAGACACUGAGGAAUUGGGCCAAAGAACUCAAUACCACACCAAGAGAGAUGCUUCUACCCCGUUGAGAAGUACAGAAUCUGGUAUCGUGGAUCAAGUGUUACUUACGACAAAUGGUGAUGGUGCUAAGUUCGUCAAGGUUAGAAUGAGAACUACUAAAAUUCCACAAAUUGGUGAUAAGUUUGCCUCUAGACAUGGUCAAAAGGGUACUAUUGGUGUUACUUAUAGGCAUGAAGAUAUGCCAUUUUCUCCACAAGGUGUGGUUCCUGAUUUGAUUAUCAAUCCGCAUGCUAUUCCAUCUCGUAUGACGGUUGCCCAUUUAAUUGAGUGUUUAUUAUCUAAGGUUUCAUCUUUGUCAGGUUUAGAAGGUGAUGCUUCACCAUUUACUGAUGUGACUGCUGAAGCUGUAUCUAAGUUGUUGAGAGAACAUGGAUACCACUCAAGAGGUUUCGAAGUAAUGUAUAAUGGUCACACAGGUAAAAAGUUGAUGGCUCAAGUUUUCCUUGGUCCAACCUAUUAUCAAAGAUUGAGACACAUGGUUGACGAUAAGAUCCAUGCUAGAGCAAGAGGACCUGUUCAAGUGUUGACCAGACAACCGGUAGAAGGUAGAUCGAGAGAUGGUGGUUUACGUUUCGGAGAAAUGGAAAGAGAUUGUAUGAUUGCCCAUGGUGCCGCAGGUUUCUUGAAAGAAAGAUUGAUGGAAGCCUCGGAUGCAUUUAGAGUGCAUGUCUGUGGUAUGUGUGGUUUAAUGUCUGUGAUUGCCAAUUUGAAAAAGAAUCAAUUUGAAUGUCGUUCGUGUAAAAACAAGACCAAUAUUUACCAAAUUCACAUUCCAUAUGCCGCAAAGUUAUUAUUCCAAGAACUUAUGGCUAUGAAUAUUUCUCCUAGAUUGUAUACUGAAAGAUCAGGAGUUAGUGUUCGUUUCUAG